AUGAACACAAUGCUCUCCGGCAUUCCGGGUACCGCUGGUAAUCUGGAAAACACCAUCAUGCAGCGCACGCCCGCUGAACUUAAAGGUCAAGUGUCCGUAGUUCUCGGAUACGUGAUGGAAUACUGUUUCCUCCUGAGGGCUGACAAAUGCCGAUUUCCCCUCCAGUCAAUCACCUUUCUAGGGUUCAUCUUUGACGCUGAUUGGUCGCCAACCAGACCCCGAAAAUAUGUGUUCUAUCCAAUUACUACUUGCACCUAAUUAUUUAUCACAACUUUGGCUAUUCCUCGGUCCGAGAGGUUACCAUAGCGCCUUCCUGUCAUCGUUACAUGACUUACGAAUCUCGAUCAACCGCUUGUUGCAGAUGGAUGCUGCCUAGUGAUACUGGAUUGUAAAAAGGUUUUCAUUCACCUAGACUCGAUGUUCAGCUCGGAUCCUCUGUUCACUCAUUACGACCCGACAACCUUCGCUGCUGUCUCAUUGCCCACAGCGAAAACCUUCUCCUAUCAAAACUAAACAAGACCUGCUUGGACAAGGAUCUCCUUAUUGUUGGAGAUUUUGACACCCCCGGUGGCGACUGGCAAGUUCUGACUGUUUCAGGUUUACUGGGUACACUUAGUCGUUGUCUGCUCAAAAUGGCAGCGUAAAACUAUUUGCGGAAUGUAACUGCCGGAACAUGUUAGGGAAGGCCAACGUUCAGAUUAACUAAACCUAGUGCACAUCCGAGAUGAAGAAAGUGUGUUAGGUCUACAAGAUCUCCCACCAAUGGGUGCUAGUGGUCAUAUUGCAGUGCCCUCCGAGUAUUUAAUGUCCCCACAGCCUGACCAACUUAAUCAAUUGGAAACAAAUAUCUAGAAGGGCGAUUUUUUCGGCAUGCAAACGCAAGUCUCGGCAAUACCGUGGGUAGCCACAUUGCAAAGAAUAUCACACUCAACGACCAUUAGAGCACGUUCAGUGCGUUGUUUAUAAGAACCACUCAUCUAGGUUGUUCACACAGACGAAAGAAAACAGGCAAUCGUCCACCGUGAAUGAUAAUAAUAAUAAUAAUUGUAUUAAAUUCCAGUUUACAGGUAUUAUUGGGGAAGCGUUAAACACAAAUCUGGCCAGCAGUGGAAAAAAUUCCUGUCAAAAAGGAGGUAAAAAUAAAGUUGAUGGUGGUUUUUUAUAGUUUGGAGGGUUCAGGAGAAAAAAUGCUGACCAUGAAAUUCCGACAGUCAAGAAAGGGAGGGGUAGCAGUGUAUUCGAAAUUCUCAGUUGCCAUUUCUUUUCAUGAAGUUGGGGCCGGUCCAUACAGAAGCGCCCUAGAACAGUUGUUAAUGUUGGCUGAAUUGUCCCUGAUGAGACCGGCCAUAGAGAUCAGAGACCACACACGCCGUCGCUACGGUAUUGUCGAUCAGUGGAUUCAGGAGCCAAAAUUUGCGGGAGUUUUUCCAAACGUUAAAGUCGAGUAACAGUUGUCUUAAACAAAGGAUAAUUUCGUAGAGCUUUCACAUUCCUGGGUAGUUUAUUCCAAAUAGCAAUUGCAUUUACAGAAAAGAACCAACGCUAUUUAACGGUACGUGCCAGAGGAAGAAAUAAAAAUAGCUCUCACGGGGACUGUUACGACGCGGGUAGAUAGGAUGUCUUAAAGCAGUGAGUGGGUUAAAGGUACGCCUAUAUAAAAGCUUAAAUAGUAAGAAUGGUCCCCUUUGUAAUCUACGACACCAGGAUGUAUCAAGGCCUGUGAGCCGACAACGUUCUUGGUAAGACAAAUGCCGGUGUUCCGGGGUCAACACUCUCUUGGUAUAAAAAAUGUUGGACGGAUGCUAUUUUCUUCCGCUCUGCAGCACGCAUGAGGCUAAAUAAAAAUGAGCGGUAUUCCAUGACAGGUAUAACGUACUUGUUAGGAAGGCACAUUCUAAUAUCGCUGGUUUAAAAGUUUCGGAGGAUGAUGAUGAUGAUGAUGAUGAUGAUGAUGAUGAUGAUGAUGAUGAUGAUGAUGAUGAUGAUGAUGAUGAUGAUGAUGAUGAUGAUGAUGAUGAUGAUGAUGAUGAUGAUGAUGAUGAUGAUGAUGAUGAUGAUGAUGAUGAUGAUGAUGAUGAUGUUUUUGGUGGUGGGAGCGCUGGGCGAUGGAUAAAGGAUUGA